AUGGCUCAAGAUUCAAAAAUACUGGAACUUUUGGAGUUACAAAGCAAACUUCUUGCAACCCUUACCCAAGGAAAUGCAUCAAGCAUCAAUCAAGAUUUACUAAUGGAAAAAUUAUCGAACAGCAUAACUGAAUUUUGCUAUGAUCAAGCAAAUUCAUCAACAUUCAAUAAUUGGUAUGCUCGUUUUGAAGAUAUUUUUCUCGUAGAAGGCAAGGAUUUGGACGAUGCUGCACGUGUUAGACUCCUAAUGCGAAAACUAAACAAUAUUGCUUAUGGGCAAUACUCAGCAUACAUUCUACCAAGAAAUCCAAGAGAUGUCACUUUUGCGGAUACGGUCAAAAUUCUUAAGGAUAUGUAUGGAAUUCAAGAUUCAAUUUUUAGUAUUCGAUAUAAAUGUUUACAAACUGUCAAGAUGUCACAUGAGGAUUUAAUUUCGUAUGGAGCUCGUGUCAACAAACUGUGUGAAAAUUUUAAGUUAUCUGAGAUGAACGCAGAUGAAUUCAAAUGCUUAGUAUUUGUUUGUGGUCUACAAUCCAAUGCAGACUCUGAUGUUCGAAUGAGAUGUCUUUCAGCUCUAGAAGAUGACCCUAAUCAAAACAUUAAUAAGCUAAUUACUAGUGCUCAAAGAUUGCUAAACUUAAAACAUGAUACAGCAAUGGUAGAAGUUAACACACAAUCAUCCAUAAAUGCUAUAAAAUCAAAUCCAAAAUCAAAUGAUGAUUUUAAAGGUAAGGCGAAGCCAAAAACCCCCUGUUGGAACUGUGGUGCCAUGCACUAUUCAAAAUAUUGCACCUAUUUAAAACAUGUAUGUACACAAUGUAAAAACAUGGGACAUAAAGAAGGUUACUGCAAGAAUCAUCAGUCAGAAAACAAGUUCACUCAUGAAAAGAAAAAGAAAUAUAACAAGAAUCACAAAUAUUCAAAACCGAAGUCCAAUGUUGUUCAAAUCAACCGGAUCUCGUAUGAGUCAAGAAGGAAAUUUGUCACAGUCAAUAUAAUACCUUCAUCAUCAACAACAUCUGCAAAUAUAGAUGUAAAAAUGCAAAUCGAUACCGCAUCAGAUGUGUCGAUUAUUGGUAAAACGUUAUGGCGAAAAAUGGGUAAUCCAGGCACAAAACUGUCAAAUCGUUAUGUCACAAGCGCUUCAAAGGAUCAGAUCAAACUCAUAGCCGAGUUUCCAUGUCAAGUUCGGCUCCAAGGUGAUGUAAAACAUUGUAAUUUAUUAGUUGUAGACAUUGAUACUCUCUCAAUUUUUGGUUCAGAUUGGCUUGAGAUUUUUGGACUAUGGGACAAACCAUUAAGCAGUGUAUGUUCUCAAAUAAAGGAUCAAGAAAUUGACAUUAAUGUCCUACAUAACAUCAAAUCUGAAUAUGCCGAUAUUUUUCAAAAUUCUCCUUCGAAAUGUACUAAAGCACAAGUACAUUUACAACUUAAACCAAACGUCAAACCAAUUUUCCGUGUGAAGAGACCAGUUGCUUAUGCUAUGCUAAGUUUAAUUGAAGAUGAAUUGCAGCGAUUGGAAACAUUAGGCAUAAUCACUCCAGUUGAUAACGCAGAGUGGGCAGCACCCAUUGUUGCAGUGAAGAAGCCUAACGGAAAAGUUAGAAUAUGUGGAGACUAUUCAUCUGGUCUUAAUGACAGCCUAGAACCACAUAUGUAUCCCUUACAUCGUCCUGAGGACUUAUAUGCAAAAGUAGGGAACAGUUGA